UCUCUUAUAAACAUUGGUGUUCAAAUUGGAGGUUAUUUUGCAAUGAGAGGAGAAGACUAUUUCACAGUGGCUCCUGAAUCAGAAGAUUACACUACAGAUGGAUAUGAAACCACAGCAAUAUUCUUGAUAUCGACUCCCCAAUACAUCUUCAUCGGAAUUAUAUUCAACUUAUUUACUAAGUUCCGGAUGCCGCUCUACAAAAACUAUUUGCUUAUGAUAAUCGUUCUUAUUCAGCUAAGCAUCACAUAUUGGAUUAUUCUUGUGCCAGCCAAAUUCAUGAGAGAUAACCUUGAGAUACAACAUCUUGAUAGCACCUUCAAAUGGUUCCUCUGCUUGAUUACCAUCAGCAACGGUAUUGCCUGAUUCCUCUUCGAACUGUCGAUCUACUUACUCUAUCAGCACUUUAAAUAAUCUCUAAUAAAAGUCUC